AUUGUAUUUAAGCUGCAAAGCUUUAUAAACUAGGGAGUAUUUUUAAUCAGUAUCGCUGGUUUUUUUCACCACGCACCUCCCCCACUCCCAUUUUAGGUGUUCAGGCGCUUCGUGGAGGUUGGCCGUGUGGCUUACGUCUCCUUCGGGCCUCACGCCGGGAAGCUGGUCGCAAUUGUAGAUGUUAUUGAUCAGAACAGGGCUUUGGUUGAUGGGCCUUGCACUCAGGUAAGGAGACAGGCUAUGCCAUUCAAAUGCAUGCAGCUCACUGACUUCAUCCUCAAGUUUCCACACAGUGCCCGUCAGAAGUAUGUUCGACAAGCCUGGCAAAAGGCAGAUAUCAGUACAAAAUGGGCAGCUACAAGAUGGGCCAAGAAGAUUGAAGCCAGAGAAAGGAAAGCCAAAAUGACAGACUUUGAUCGUUAUAAAGUCAUGAAGGCAAAGAAAAUGAGGAACAGAAUAAUCAAACUUGAAGUUAAGAAGCUACAAAAGGCAGCUGUCCUAAAAGCAUCUCCCAAGAAGGCACCUGCUGCUAAGGGUGCAGCUGCAGCUCCUGCCCCUGCUCCUGCAAAGCAUCCAGCAAAGAAGAUGACCGCUGUGGGCAGGAAGGCACCAUCCCAGAAGGUUCCUGCCCCAAAGCCUGCUGGCCAGAAGGUAGCACCUCCGAAAGCUCAGAAGGGUCCGAAACCACCAGCCCAGAAAGCACCUGCCCCAAAGGCAUCUGGCAAGAAAGCCUAAGAGCUUGUUGUAAAAGUAAUAAAAGUUCUUCUUGACA